AUGAAAUCAUUAAUUAAUCUAUUACUUUUAAUAUUAUAUAUAACCACUACCACUACUACUAUCGUUGCAUCGUCGAAACCAUUUGUUGAAAAGACAAAUGGAGACGAUUUAAAGACAUUCGAACAGAUAGUAAUGGGAUACGGGUAUCCUUGUGAAUCACAUUAUGUGACUACUCAAGACGGAUACAUAUUGCAGUUGUUUAGAAUACCGUAUGGACAAUCGGGAGACACUCACACCACAAGACAACCUGUGCUAUUGCAGCAUGGUUUGUUGGAUUCUUCAUUCACAUGGAUUGUCAAUCUACCGGGACAGUCACUCGCCUAUAUUCUUGCCGACCAAGGUUACGAUGUCUGGAUGGGUAACAACCGAGGCAACACAUACUCUACCAACCAUACAACACUGUCACCAGAGUCUGCUCAAUUCUGGGACUUUUCAUUUGAUGAAAUGGGUAGAUACGACUUGCCUGCCACAAUGGAAUACGUCGUCCAAUCUACUGGAUACAAGACAUUACCAUAUAUCGGUCAUUCAGAAGGUACUAUUCAAGCUUGGAUUAGUUAUCUUUCAAAUUCAAGUGUUGUUGAUUGGGCUCCAUUAUUUAUUGGAUUGGGACCAGUAGGAAAUGUAUCAAAUAUUCAAAAUAAUGGAUUAAAGUACAUGGCAAUACAUAACAUUGAUACUGAUUUGGCAAAGAUGGGUAUGCUUAGAUUCCUUCCAAGUCCAACACUACUUCGUAGUUUGUUUGUUGACUUUUGCUUGGGAUGUGAUGAAUGUUGUGCAGGAGUGAUUGAAGCACUAUGUGGACCACACAGAGGUGCAUUCAAUGACAGUAGGAUGAGUGUUGUAGCUGGACACGAGCCAGGUGGAACAAGUCUUAAAAACAUGCAACAUUGGGCACAAGGAGUACGUGAAAAACAAUUCCAAGCCUUUGACUAUGGCUCUUCAUCUGCCAAUAUCCUUCACUACAACGAUCCUGCACCACCAGUCUACGAUGUAAGAAACUUCCCAUCAUCGGUAAAGGUUGCACUCUUUUCUGGUGGUAUGGAUGAGUUGGCUGAUCCAAUCGACGUCUCUGAUCUAGUCAAACAACUGCCUAGCUCGAGUCUGCUGGUUUGGAAGAUUAUACCAAACUAUGCUCAUCUAGAUUAUGUCUGGGCAAUCGAUGCAAACACAGUUAUCUAUCAAGAUGUAGUACAAUUAAUUCAAAAAUAUUUUUAA